GAGAAGCUCACGUAUCUGUGAAGUAUUUUUAGGUUUGGCAGGGUGAUGCAAAAAACCCAAUCUCUGCUUUCAUAAUGUGACACCAGGAUUGCAAAGUUAAACUCUGGACAGCCUUGAUGUUCCCAGGAUGGGCUGAUAAAUCUUCAAGCACAAUUAAAAUUUCACCUUUUGAGGAUGACUGGCACCUGAGUAGAUGUGAGCGGAGGCAGAAAACGGGACGCCGCAUCGGUCUAUUUACAGAUAAUGCUGAGCUAGAGAAAGUUCCCACGGCUGAAAUGACACGAAGAGAGCGUCCCGCUCGCCUGCAAAGCGCCUCUGAUUAAUGCAACCUGCAACAAAAAAAUGGAAACGAUGGAAAUAAUGGAUGCAGAGAGCCAGAUGACAGCACUUCUGGACGACACGCUGGCGGAGGAACAGCUAAACGAUGAGGUGGAGGAUUUGAGCAACAGUUUGAGAGAGGUGGUCCAGGAUGGAGCGGUCAAGCCCAAGCUCCACUGCCUGAUGAUGGAUCCGUCCUUCUCGAUGGUGACGGUCCAGAGUGAGGACAGCGGGAUCGUUUGGGAAACCGCUUCCAGCCGCUGCUCCACACCCUGGGCCUCCGAGAUCAACGAACCCGGAUACAGCUGCUGCGGCUCCGGAGCGGCCGGCAGGAUCAUCUUCAUCAUGGACGAAGAACUGAUGAGCAGAAGAAAGAGGAAGCCAAAGUCUGAGAAAUCAAAGAAGCUUCCUCGGGUCAGCCACGAGAUCCUCGCUGAAGCGGAGAGACCGGCGAUGGUGGAAGUGUCUCUCCCGAAUGUGACACGAGAAGAAGGAACAGAGGAACACAAGACAGCAGAUCUGAGAGCAGAAAAGCACCAGCGCUUGUUCAGUCUCGUCUCUGAAGGAUCUGAGAUACUAAACAUCAUCGCUCCGCCGAGAGUCUCCACCGUGGAUGAAGAGGAGAGCAAAGGUCUGGAAGAUAACUUGUAUUACCUCGAGGAGACGCCUGCUGUGAAAUCCGCAGAGAUCCCAGGACGAACCUGA